UAGAACAGAUAGUAACUAAACUUUACUGAGGUGCAAAUAUUUCUCCAACAGCAGAGCAGAAAACAGCUUUCCCUGCCCUUCCUCCGCUAUAAGUGCUUCAGUAUCGGAAAUCCCUUCCUUCGCAAUCUUCCUCGAUUUUCUCAAUCUAAAACCAAAAUGACCAUCCUCUACCCCUAGUCUUCAUUUUCCGUAACCCUUCCUCCAUUUCUAGGGUUUCCGCCAUGGCUGAGUGGCAGCCCCUCCUCCAAUCCAUCUUCGUCGGCCUCAUUGUCUCUUUCCUCAUCGCCAAGCUCAUCUCCUCCGUCCUCGCCACCAAGCACGACAUUCGCGCCUCCCCUCCCGAACCUCACACAACAACCGGUGCCGUUCCUGGGCCUGGGCUUAGGCUUGGGCCCGCUUUCGCAUGGUCCGAUGCUGGCGAUGCUAACGAGACCGAGUCCUUAUCGGCUGAGCAGGGGAGCCCGACUCACAGUGGAGUGGGCAGCGACAGUGACGACGACGACGACUGGGAAGGCGUGGAGAGCACGGAACUCGAUGAGGCGUUCAGUGCUGCGACCGCGUUUGUUGCGGCCGCGGCGGCGGAUCACCGAUCUCAGAAGGUGUCGACGGAUGUGCAGCUGCAGCUCUAUGGGCUUUACAAGAUUGCCACCGAAGGUCCCUGUAGUGUGCCGCAACCCUCGGCGCUGAAAAUGACGGCUCGAGCGAAAUGGCAAGCAUGGCAAAAAUUGGGUGCUAUGACUCCUGAAGAUGCAAUGCAGAAGUACAUUGAUAUUGUUACAGAGCUAUAUCCCUCAUGGCUUGAUGGCGCUUCACUUUCGAGGGACAAAGGCAGAAAUGGUGACAGUGGCGGCUCUGGUUCAGAGUCUAAGGGACCAAUGGGACCAGUAUUCAGCAGCUUCGUGUUUGAAGAGGACUCUGGUAGUGACUUGAAAAUGGACGCCAUUCAUGGAUUUGCCAGAGAAGGGGAUGCGGUUAAUCUACUCAAGUGUGUUGAAAAUGGUGUUUCAGUGAAUGUCAAGGUGAAGGUCGGACACCAUUACACUGGGCCGUGGAUCGUGGCCACCUUAAUGUCACAGAGCUACUUAUUAGCAGGAAUGCUGAUAUUAAUGCCAAGGAUAAUGAUGGACAAACACCACUGCAUUAUGCUGUUGUCUGUGAGCGGGAAGCAAUAGCUGAGUAUUUAGUGAAGCAUAAUGCAGACACAGACUUGAAAGACAACGAUGGCAGUUCCUCACGUGGCAUAUGUGAGUUUAACUGGCCUUGUAUGCAGCACAUCUCGGAAGCAAAUUGAUUCCCAGCCUGUUUCAGAACUGCUUUUGGCUGUAUAUCUUGGCAAAACACAACAUUGGGAAAAUCUAUCCAUACACAAUGCACAUACUAUAUAACUCAAUUUUUCACUCCUUAGUCGUUAAUAGCUACCAUUUUCACUCUACUCCACGGAUAUGCACCUACUAGGAAAAUGGUUUAAAUCAAGUAUAUUCUGAAGAUUUCUAGUUUCCUUUGCUCAGCUCCAAAUUUAUGGUCCAUUACAUUUGAAAUUUGAUCACAAAAGAUGUAUACAAGAAAGACUAGCAUCGGUAUACUUUUUUUUUAAAGAGAGCAUGCUUCAGGAAAUAGGUAGUGAGAAGGGAGAGGUUUAUGAGAUUUGAAGUGGAGGAGGAAAUGAAGAGAUUUAUAGAGUAUGGUUCAGGGAAAUAUGUAUAACUCAACUUUUAUUCUUUUACCACUUUAUAGGAGAGAUAUGUUUGAGGAUUUUAUUUAUUUUUUAUAGAUCUAUUCUCAUUUAUGAUCCUCUUAAAUGGAGUAAUUUUAUUUAAUUUAGUAUA